AUGCCAGAAGAUAUAAGCUAUUGUAACUCCUUCGAGGAUUAUUACAACAACCCUCACGCGACUUCCCCUUAUAAGGAUUCGUUUUUCAAAGAAAUGACACCAUCUAAGCCAAACGUAAGAUUUGGCGAUGAUGAUGUUAACAUUUUUGAUCAAAGAAAAAAAGUAAAUGAAAUCAACAAGAAUAGUACCAUUAAAAGGACGAUUCCACCAUCGAUAAGCACCACUAUUACUCCCAACAAAUCUAGCUUGAAGUCUCUGAGAGGAAAAAGAGCUUUGGGAAGUUGUUUUAAUCAUGGAACUGAGUUAAAAUCGGAAAAUGAAACCUUCAAAGAGGUCAAUGACGCAGUCAACCGUUGCUAUGCACUUUGCAACAUCCCCACCAAGCAUGUAUCCAUAAAUAGUAUUUCUGAUUUGGCACAAACUUUCGAAACACUUGCUGUAGGGAUAACUCAUGAAACAAAUAGAAAAGCUGAGUGUGAACGGAGCAAGAAUGCAAUAGAUUCGCUGUACUAUCAUGAACAGCUGGAAAAAAAAGAACUUAAUGAAAAAAGUCUCCAAAUGGCAAUCGACCACUUGCUGAAAGUGACAAAGCAAAAUUUGAGACAAGCAGAUGAUAAAAACAAGUUAAAAGAAACAGAAGCACUAAAAAGUUUCAUUGAGGAAAUCGAAGAAGUCGACGAUAAUAAAAUUUCCAUUAACAGUUUAGAACAACAAUUGCUUGAAGAAAAAACAGCAAAUAAUAUUUUGAGAAGAGACUAUUAUAAGCUCCAGGAACGUGGAAGACGUUUAUGUCAUGAGUUUCAGGGGUUGCAGGAUGAUUACUCAAAACAAAUGAAACAAAAGGAGUAUGAGGUGCAAAAACUCAAGAACGAAAUCAAAGUGUUAUUGAACAUGAACGAUAACUUAAAGGCGGACAAGACGCGUUACUCACAGAAAGAGAAACAGUAUUUUCAAAAAUAUACCUAUAUAGAGAAAUACAUGAAUCAUGUCAAGGAAGAGUAUAAUAAAAAAGAGGACGAAUGCAAUAAAUUAAAAUUUAUUAUUGACAAGAGCGUGAAGAAAAUAGAACACUUGGAGAGGUCGCUUCAAACUCAGAUCACUGCUCAAAACAGCUUCUCAACUGCAACGAUUCAAGAAGAAGGCCCGAAAGAUGCCCAUUUGAAGGAUCGCUAUUACAAAGUCAAAGAGUUCAUGGAACAAAAGUUACAGACCUCCAAAAUUAAUGACCCCUCCUGUUCUGAAGCAGAGGCGCUUGAUAAUGUACUCGGCCUAAUCGAAAACACCAUGAAAACACUGGACAAAAAUAGUAAAUGUUAUCCAACUACAACAAAAAAGUGCAUAAAGUAUGUUACUGACUCAUCUCAACUUAAAGAAAAUGAGCACAUUACAAAUUGA